AUGGACCAAGCUCUGGUCAAAGAUGUCGAUGACCAGCCGCAGUCAUCAUGGUACCGGAAGCCUGAUGGGCAUCCUCGACUAGCAAAUAUCCAGGGCCAGCCACAAAUUGAUUCUGUCCUCACCGACGACGACGACGACCAUGUCAGAGAAGCCGAUGGAGAGGAACCACAUUCGGCGUGGUAUCGAAAACCACGGCCCGAGCGGCUGUCGAGUAUAGGGCCGGAUCUCGAGCUCGCCGAGCCGGCAGGUGAAAAGGAGCGGAAGAUCUGUGGGGUCUCCAGGCCGACUUUUAUUGUCAUCUUGUUCUUCUUGAUAGUCGUGGUGGCAGCUGCGAUUGCUGGUGGUGUUGCCGGUUCGCAGGCUUGGAGGGGGUCCACUUCAACAUCACAGUCGGCGGCUUCGUAA